AUGACGGACAUGUCCGAUUCGCAGACGUCAUCCGAAACCGACUGCGACAUCGUCUCGCACACCUGUUCGGACGACGGUUCGGACGAAGACGUACAACAACAAUUGGAGGCAGAUAUGGUGGUGUGGCUUCAGUAUUGUCGUAUCGCGGAGCGUAUGGUGAGGCAGUACCUCGUGCCGGAUCCGGCACACCGUUUCUUAUUUCCUACAACACGAAGCGGACAUAUCUUCAUGUUGCAGAACAUGCAUGUGUAUCCUCAAACGUGCUUUCAGGAGUUUAGGAUGUACCCCCCCAUGUUCAGGCACUUUGUACACGUGUUGCGAGAUCGCUAUGGAUUGGUGAACAGUACGAGCAUCGAUACGUACGAGCAGGUCGGAAUGUUUUUGUGCAUACUUGCCCAUGGGAAAGGAUAUCGGCAAGUGCAAACGCUCUUUGGACAUUCGCUGCACACCGUCGGCCAUUAUUUCAAGCGUGUGCUGCGCGCCGUCGGUGCGCUGGCAGCAGACAUGAUCCGGCCGCAUGAAAACUACAACCGCGGAGCCGGAAGUCAUCAUCCUGAUCCGCAACGAUAUCCAUUCUUCCAGGACUGUAUUGGAGCUAUCGACGGGACCCAUGUGCGUGCAGUGUUGCCACGGCGUAAAAGAAUUAACUUCAUAGGCCGAAAAGGCGUGCCCACGCAGAACGUCCUUGCCGCGUGCGAUUUCAACUUGUGUUUCACAUUUGUGCUGCCGGGAAGCAUGGGACCCACGCACGACAGCCGCAUACUAGCCCGCGCGGUGCAUAAUCCGGACAUACACUUUUCGGAACCCGCUGACAGGAAAUAUUACUUGGUGGACUCCGGAUUUGCACAUCGACCGGGGUACAUGGCACCGUACAAGGGGUCGGAUGUACGUUACCACUUCCAAGAGUUUCACGAUCAUGGAGGCGGCCGACGUCGAUUUCGUAAUGCACGCGAGAGGUUCAACUUUCAUCACUCAUCAUGUCGAAACAUUAUCGAGCGCGCGUUCGGAGUUUUGAAGCAACGAUGGAAGAUUCUGGACAGGAUGCCUAGUUAUUCAUACCGUGCCCAAAUCGCAGUGGUCGUUGCAGCAAUGGGAGUCCAUAAUUUCCUACGGCGCAACGGAGAACUCGAUGAGGGAUUCCACAGGGCCGAGGAAGUCGACGACGCAGAAGUCGAGGUUGAUUUACCCGAUGACGAAGACGAAGUAGCAGCGGAGGAGGAUGCCGUUGCGGAGGAGAAUGCAACGUGGACCCAGUUAAGAGAUUUUAUUGCGCGCACGAUACGUUGA